AUGUCGAUGUCGAUGAAGUUGCUGCUUCUGCCAAUAACUGCCUCGGCUGGUGCUGGCCUUGGCUUUCUCCCUUCCGGAAAGGAGCGGAAUUUGCAACAGGUGGCUGAACUGCCAAGAGAAUGCAGAAGAGCUUGUCCCGCCAUAGAAACCUACAUGGCGGAUCUCACCACGCUGCUGUCGGACGAGAGGAACUACGUCGCACGGCAAACUGGACAGCUGGACCUUUGGUGCAAGCAUCGGGGAGCUGUAACUUGCGGAUUCGAAUCCACAGAGUGUUCCAGCCUGGUUCGGGGCAGCUGGUAUCACAUGAAUGGCCUGUUGAUGUGCGCCUGUGAUGCUUGCAGCCACUUCAUUGAAGCCAACGGUGUGUUGUUAAAUGGCACCAUGCAGUACAGUCUUGGUGAGGAGAACCUGUGUUCCAUGGUGACCACCUUGCGUUGCAUCCAAAGAGACCAGAGAUGCACUUCGCUGUUCGCAGAUGGAUCUCCAGUGAAAUUUCUCCUGGAUUCCAAUGGGCUUUCAGCCACCUCAAACCCAACCGCGGAGUGUGACUGCAAAGCCUCGGGUUAUGGCACAAGCUUUGCGAGUGAGGCAAACGCAUCAACCUGUGACGAUGCUGAAUCUCAAAGUGGGGCAGUGGAUUUCUACAUCAAUCUGUUUCCCCUGUUUACAGAUUUUGGCUUCAGCGAAAAGCUGCUCAACGGCAUCUAUGAGAUGGGCUUUGUGAAACCCUCCAAGGUGCAGGAAGCUGCUCUGCCCAUCAUCGCUGGCUCUCCGGGGCGACCGGGGCAGAGCCUGAUGGCACAGGCGCAGAACGGCUCCGGCAAGACCGCGGCGUUUUCUCUCGCGGUGCUGUCGAGCAUUGAGCUGGAGUACCUGCAGCCACAAGCGAUGGUCAUCAGUCCGACCAGAGAAUUGGCGAAGCAGAAUCAAAGUGUGAUCAAUGAACUCGGGAAAUAUCUGGAGGUCAAGACCCAGUUGGUAUGUCCUGGAAACGAUGAGGAUCGGUGUCCUCGCGAUCCCAAAGCCCACAUCCUCAUUGGCACUCCCGGAAAGCUGUCGGACUUAGCAAAGAAGAAGAUCAUCAACUGUUGGUACGUGAGGACCUUGGUCCUCGAUGAGGCCGAUGUGAUGCUCAGCGAGGAGAACCAAAUGGGUUCGCAGAUUGCAACCAUCAAACAGCAACUCCAGGAUGAUUUGCAGGUGCUCUUCUUUUCUGCCACCUUUCCAGAUGAUGUUCGACACUUUGGUCACGGCUUAAUACCGAAUAGCAAAGGGAUCAAGGUGUCCAAAAAGGACCUCACUGUAUCCAGCGUCUUGCAAGUCUACAUGAACUGCGCAACAGAGGAGGAGAAGUUCAACCAGCUCUGCAAUCUCUAUGCAUGCUUGAACGUGAGCCAAAGCAUCAUCUUCGUGAAUCGGAGGGACAAGGCCUGUGGAUGGCAGACUGGUGCAGAUUGGGCAAGUUUCUGCGUUGGGCUUAAGAGCUAA